CCAAGACUUAUAGGCUAAAUAAUGGUGCUUCUACUUGUGAUUGUGGGAUUAAUAAGCUAUUAUGUCUACAAGUCCAUAACACCGCCGCCACCGAUUCCACUGCCGGAAAAUGUUUCCGAGAUAUCUCCAAGAAUCAAGCUCAAUGAUGGAAGGCAUUUAGCGUACAAGGAAUUAGGGUUUCCAAAGGACAAAGCCAAAAACAAAAUAAUAAUCGUCCACGGAAAUGGAAAUUCCAAAGACGUCGAUUUAUACAUCACACAGGAAAUGAUUGAUGAAUUCAAGAUAUACUUUUUGUUCUUCGAUAGAGCUGGUUAUGGAGAAAGCGAUCCUAAUCCAACACGAACGCUGAAAACAGAUACAUACGAUAUCGAAGAACUUGCUGACAAAUUGCAAGUCGGUCCAAAGUUCCACGUUAUAGGCAUGUCACUUGGAGCUUACCCUGUUUACGGUUGCCUCAAAUACAUUCCUAAUAGGCUCAGUGGAGCUUCGUUGGUUGUUCCGUUAGUGAAUUUUUGGUGGAGCCGUGUGCCUCAAAACUUAUUGAAUGCAGCGAUGAAGAAAUUGCCAAUUGGAUUUCAAUUGACACUUCGAGUCGCACACUACUCUCCAUGGUUGUUAUAUUGGUGGAUGACUCAGAAAUGGUUCCCGAAUAGUCGAAAUCCCAAAGAUACUAUGACCGAGCGCGACCUAGAACUCGCGGAAAAGCAUACCAAACACUCUUAUAUCAAGGAGUCUGCUUUACGACAAGGUGGAUAUGUGACCACACAACAAGACAUCAUAGCGGGUUACGGGAAUUGGGAAUUUGAUCCAACCGAAUUGAAGAAUCCGUUUUCGGAUAGUAACAAAGGGUCGGUUCAUAUGUGGUGUGCACUCGAAGACAAACAAAUUUCACGCGAUGUUUUACUCUAUAUAUGCGAUAAACUGCCAUGGAUAAAGCUCCAUGAGGUCCCUGAUGGUGGACAUUAUAUUAUCCAUGAGAAGCGGCAUUUUGAAGCCAUUAUCAAAGCCGCUUGUAGUGACUAGUGGAAGAUACAUUAUAACAAAAAAAAACUCUAAAAGAUUUGUAUCUAAAAUCAGUUUAAGAAAAAUUAUGGCUAUGUAAGUUUCAUGUG